AUGGCAGAGUCUCCAAAUGAAUUCAAACUCAGCAACAUGCCAUCAGAUGGCAUCAGUUCUGUGAAGUUUGGACCAAAUUCCAGCCAGUUUCUUCUUGUCUCGUCUUGGGACGAGAGUGUCCGUCUCUACGAUGUUGUUGCAGAUAGCAUGCGCUUCAAGUACACACACUCAGCUGCUGUUUUAGAUUGUUGUUUUUAUGAUGCAGUUCAUUCCUUCAGUGGUGGCCUUGACAAGACUCUCAAGAUGUAUGAUUUCAAUACCAACACAGAUCGAGUUGUUGGCACACAUGAUGCACCCAUUCGUUGUGUGGAGUACUCACCAGAAGCUAAUAUCAUUGUUACUGGCAGCUGGGACUCCAGUGUCAAAAUGUGGGAUCCAAGAAGCCCCAGCUUAGUAGGAACAUUUCCCCAGCCUGACAAGGUAUACACAAUGUCUGUCUGUGGAGAUGCUCUGAUUGUUGGAACUGCUGGAAGACGAGUUCUAGUCUGGGACUUGAGAAACAUGGGAUAUGUUCAACAACGCAGGGAAUCUAAUCUCAAAUACCAGACUCGCUGUAUUCGCAGCUUUCCAAAUAAACAGGGAUAUGUCCUCAGUUCCAUUGAAGGUCGUGUAGCUGUUGAGUAUUUGGACCCAAACCCAGAGGUACAGAAGAAAAAGUAUGCCUUCAAAUGCCACAGAAUCAAGGAAAACAACCAGGAAUUGAUAUAUCCUGUUAAUGCCAUAGCUUUCCAUAAUGGUUACAACACAUUCGCAACAGGGGGAUCUGAUGGCUAUGUCAACAUUUGGGAUGGCUUCAAUAAGAAACGCCUCUGCCAGUUUCAUAGAUAUCCCACAAGUAUAGCAUCUUUAGCCUUCAGUCCAGAUGGAAGUGUCCUGGCCAUUGCAUCCUCUUUUAUGUAUGAAACAGAAGUAGACAAAACUCCAGCACCGGACACAGUUUUCAUCAGAAAUGUGACAGACCAAGAGACCAAACCAAAAUCAUGA